GACACUGCGAGCCAGCCAGAGAGUGAGAGAGAGGGGGAGAGAAGAAAGAGAGACAGAGAAAGAAGCCGCUCGCUCCACUUGCUCUGCGCUGUGCACACAUACACAGACACAGGAAAGCAUACCGGCAUAGCAGCAGCGGCAGCAGCACCAGCGGUGAGAGCAGACAGAGUGGAGUGUAGCCACGCAGUUCUUUCUCUCGCACACACACACUCAUACACACACAGAGAGACAGACGCACCAGCAUCUUAUCCGGGACUACGGCACUGCUGAACUCUCGGGGGGUCUUUACCACGUCUGGACCACUCCACCGACCGGACCGGUGUCUGUCUGUCUGUCAGCUCGUUUCUGGAUCAGGGAAAGUACUUUUACUGAAUAGACUGCCUUUUUUGUGGAGAUUGGCAUUGAUGUGAGACAGGCACAGCGUGAGUGGCGGAGGUGGUGUUUCAAGAAAACGCACCAGGCAGGCAAUGGAUGACGGUGGGGAGCAGCAGCAGUCAGUGUAACGAGUCCUGAAGUGUAGUGUACACAUCUGCAACAUGGUUCAGCAGAGGGGCCAUCACCACAAGUACCACCACCACCCGUCAUCAUCAGCCAUUAUGGACAGCGAUUCCAGCCACCACCAAGACAUGUACGUGGGAAUGAGCCCCACGAAUGAGGACGGGGAUGACGUUUUCGGGCACGUGCCGCCGUCGGCGACAACACCACCCCCCGCCAACCCCAAGGACCCCAACUGGUGCAAGACGCCCUCCGGCCACAUCAAGAGGCCCAUGAACGCCUUCAUGGUCUGGUCCCAGAUCGAGCGCAGGAAGAUCAUGGAGCAGUGGCCCGACAUGCACAACGCCGAGAUCUCCAAGCGGCUGGGCAAGAGGUGGAAGAUGCUGCCCGACUACGAGAAGAUCCCCUUCAUCAAGGAGGCCGAGAGGCUGCGGCUGAAGCACAUGGCCGACUAUCCGGACUAUAAAUACCGGCCCCGGAAGAAGAGCAAGAGCAGCUCCUCGUCGUCGUCGCCGGCCAAGGCUGGGGGGGAGAAGGGCCCCGGCCACGGCAAGGGCUCCGGCUCCAAGGGCUCCCAUCGCUCCAACUCCUUCACCAGCAGCAAAGGGCUCAAGAGCAAAGCCUCCUCCUCAUCCUCUUCCUCUUCCUCCUCUUCUUCCUCCUCCUCCUCCUCCAGCUCGAGACACAGAGUGAACUUCAACAGCAAUAAGUUCAAGAGCUACAGCGAGAGUGCCAGCGAUGACGACGCAGUGGAUGUAAAGGUGAGCAGUUCGACGGAGCUCUCGCCAGGUCGGCAUGGGCUGCUGGCGAGGACCGGCCUGGGCAUGGGCAUACCUCACUCCUACCAACAUCACCAACAGCAGCAGCAUCAGCAGCACCACCAUCAUGCUCAGCAUCAGCAGCAGACGGCAGGGAUCCCCAGACGGGAGCAUCCGUCUACCACCACCUCCCAGCUCCGGCUCACCCUGCCCCACCUCUCCUCCUUCUCCCCGGGGGGAGGAAGCCCCAGCCUGUCCCCAGACAGCAGUGCAUCUCCCCAGGCAGGGUUGAGCAGCCCCUCCUGCUCCUCCUCCUCCUCCUCCAGGGACCAGGAUGCGCAUGGUGGAGGGGAGUCUUCACACCCGGGUAGAUCCUCCUCCCCCACCUCCACCAGCUCGUCCCCCUUCGUGUCGUCAUCGUCGCCCUCCUCCUCCUCCACCUCUGCCUCCUCCGAUGAGGAGCUGGACGAGGAGAUCCUCCAGCACAUCAUCUCUAGCAGCAGUGGCGGUGGCGGCGGCGGCUUUGACACCAGUGGCGGUGGUGGCGGCGGGGGUGUGCCCAUGGACUACUGCUCCUCCUCCCUGGACAGGGACUUUGAGGCGGCGUUCCACACCAGCUCAGGGUCCCACUUCGACUUCCCCGAUUACUGCACGCCCGAGGUCAACGAGAUGAUCUCCGGCGACCUGCUCGUGCCCAGCAUUUCGGAUCUGGUGUUCACCUACUGAUUUGGGGAUGGGAGGCGUGAGAGGUGUUGCUUUUAAGGCCAACGUAACUUACGUGACUCAGUGUUUUCUUUUAUUGUUUUUUUUUAAGAAAAUGAUUUUCGUUGGUUUGUUUUUUUCUUGGUUUGUUUUGCUCUGGCUGCCUGAUCAGACCUGCCUAACGGUACUAAUCGAACAUCCUCAUGGUCUUGGACCAUUUUUUUUUUUAGAAAAAACUCUUCUAGACAUGGACUGUUCCUUUAGCCGUUGUUGUUAAUUCUCGAUGAAUUCCGUAAGUGCUAUUGCUUUUUUAAUUUCCCCAGCAUGUCUCAUCUUGUGAGCUCUAGACGGAGGGGACAGCACAGGGCUUGUUUUGACUUUGAGAAGCCUUUUUUACUGGAGUUGAAAUGCUCAGACAGUCUCAACAGGUCCCCAGAAACCUCAACACACCUACACACACGCCCACACACACACGUUGAUACACAAAUACACAUGCGCACUCACACGAAAUGAGGACUCUGUACCGACUGAAGUAAUGUCAGGUGAAGGGAAGGUCUGUGCUGUCCAACUUCUCAUUCUGAGUGGGAUGGACAGGUAGUCAAUAGUGUUCUUCUGAAAGCAGUCUAAAGUUCAAGGCUGUGAAGAAAGCAAAAGCGCUAAGAAGGUUCUUUAGGGUUGAUGUCAGGGUGUAAAAUAUUUGAAUCUGUAUUUAUGUACAAAAAAAACGUCAAAGGACUGUGAAAAAUAACUGGACUACCAUGACAGUGUUAUUGCUCUUAACCUACCUAAGGAAGUAGGCAAGAGUGGAGGAAAAAAACCUCUGAAAGGGUCCCUCUUUUUUUCAAGAAAAGAAAAUGCACAAAGUAUUUGCAUCAUGCAUACAGUAUAUUUGAUAUAAGUUUGCCUCUCGCCAGUGUGGUCCCGACUGUGACCUACAGUAGGGAAUGAAAGCAAAGUAGUGUCACAAGGGAAAGUGGCUGUUUGGCUGAGAUCAUUAGGAAAUGCAGCAAUCAUCACGCUCAUGUUGUACGCCUGUAGUGCGGAGAGAGGAGCUGAUAGUCAAG